GUCGUUCCCAGAAUGUCGCCCGCAGGAACAACACCAGGGGGCGGCACAACGAACAGCCUGGUUCCUUCAGAGAAGCGCGGCUGGCUCGAACUUUUGGAAGCGAAUGGCUUUGCGCCUCCCUCGCCAAGUUUUUGCCCGGCGGGCGGCGCGCACGCAAAGCGAGGCGGUGGGACGGCGGCUGCGGCCAGAGGGUAGCCCUGCGAGGCUUGAAGCGGCGGCGGCGGCGGCGGCGCCUUCCAAUUCUGGCUGGCUGCUUCACUUUCGGGAGAGAGAAAGAAACGAAGCGAGGGAGCCGCUGCCAGGAGGAUGUGGAGGCGGCGGCGUAGGUUGCCAUCGCUGCCGACUUCGUCCGCUCGGUGCAGGCGCUGCUCGGUAAGCAACAGCGCUGUCCUUUCGCUGCUUUUGCUGCUAGCGGGGCCACUGAGUGCCUUCAACCUGGACGAAGAGAAGGUCGUCGUCUACAGCGGUCCAGAUGGCAGUUACUUCGGUUACGCGCUGGAUUUUUACAACCCCGCACCGAAUGCGAUAAGUGUCCUAGUUGGAGCACCUAAAGCCAACACAACCCAGCCAGACAUAGUGGAAGGAGGAGCUGUCUACUAUUGCCCUUGGCCAGCCAGGGAGUGUAAAGAGAUCCCUUUUGAUAAUAAAAAUAACAGGAAAAUCAAAGUUAAUAGUACAAGAGAACCUCUUGAAUUUAAAUCAAAUCAAUGGUUUGGAGCAACAAUCAGAACUCAUAAAGAAAAAGUUGUAGCUUGUGCUCCCUUAUAUCAUUGGAGGACUCUGAAGGCUGUUCCUGAAAAGGAUCCAGUGGGUACCUGCUAUGUUGCUAUUCAGAAUUUUACUACCUAUGCAGAAUAUUCUCCUUGUCGUAAUAACAACCCAGAUCCUGAGGGUCAAGGUUACUGUCAAGCAGGAUUCAGCUUAGAUUUUUAUAAGAAUGGAGAACUCAUAUUAGGAGGACCUGGCAGUUUUUACUGGCAAGGUCAGGUUAUCACCAGCAGUAUUGCAGAUGUUAUCACAGAUUAUUCCUUCAAGAAUAUUCUAAGGAAACUAUUACAGGAAAAGCAAACUGGAGUGGCCCCUUCUAUAUAUGAUGACAAUUAUUUGGGUUACUCAGUGGUUGCUGGUGAAUUUACUGGAGAUCUUCAUGAAGAGCUGGUAGCUGGAGUUCCAAGAGGUGCACAGAAUUUUGGCUAUGUUACAAUAAUAAAUUCCACAGAUCUGACCUUUAUUCAAAAUUUCACUGGCAAGCAGAUGGCAUCUUACUUUGGAUAUACUGUUGCUGUAUCAGACAUUAACUAUGAUGGUAUGGAUGACAUCCUAGUUGGUGCUCCUCUCUUUAUGGAACGUGAAUUUGAGAGCAACCCUAAGGAGGUUGGACAGGUGUAUCUGUAUCUGCAGGAUGGUGUCUUGUCUUUCAAAGAAGCACAGACACUGUCUGGCACUGAGGUUUUUGGACGAUUUGGCAAUUCUAUUGCGCCCCUGGGAGAUCUCAAUCAGGAUGGUUAUAGAGAUGUUGCCAUAGGUGCUCCAUUUGCAGGAGAAGAUAGAAGGGGGACGGUAUUCAUCUACAAUGGAGACAGAAAUGGGUUAAAUCCAAAUCCUUCCCAGAUUCUCACUGGCCUAUGGGCCUCCCAGUCUAUGCCUGCAGGAUUUGGAUUUACAUUGAGAGGAGAAUCAGACAUAGAUCAAAAUAAUUAUCCAGAUCUAAUUGUUGGUGCAUUUGGAGUUGCAAAGGUAGUUGUUUACAGAGCAAGACCAGUUGUGACAAUAAAUGCUCAGCUCCUGGUCUCCCCAGUGAUUGUAAAUCCAGAAAAUAAAACCUGUCAGCUUCCUGGUUCUAUGACCUUAGUGGCCUGUUUUACUGUAGCAGUUUGUGCAGGUUUUCAGAGUCCAGGUUUCUCAGAUAAUAUAGUUCUGAAAGCUGAACUACAGUUAGAUUCACUAAAAACCAAAGGAGCUGUUAAGAGGACUCUCUUCCUUGAUUAUCAUCAGUCACAACAUGUCUUCUCCUUCAUGAUAACUGCACAGAAUUGGCCCACUUGCAAGGACUUUGUGGUUUAUCUUAGAGAUGAAACUGAAUUUAGAGAUAAAUUGUCUCCAAUCAAUAUUAGCUUGAACUAUAAACUGGAUGAAUCCACAUUUUCUGAUGUAUUAGCUGUGAGCCCAAUAUUGAAUUAUUACCAAGAAAACAGAAUGGAGAAACAGGCAUACAUUCUUGUGGAUUGUGGAGAAGACAACGUGUGCAUUCCUGACUUGAAACUUUCCGUUAUGCCUGAUAGGGAUCAGAUUGUAAUUGGGGAAGAAAACUAUCUCAUGCUUACAAUCAAUUCAAGAAAUGAAGGAGAAGGUGCCUAUGAAGCCGAACUACAUAUAACAAUUCCUCCAGAAGCAGAUUACACAGGUGUUGAGCGGAACAACAAGGCACUACGUGUGCUGAGCUGUGAUUAUAAGAUGGAGAAUGAAACGAGAACAGUGAUUUGUGACCUUGGAAAUCCCAUGGCAGCUGGAACAAAUUUUUCUGCAGGCAUCAAAUUUACUGUUCAGCAUUUUGAAAAUCCUGAACUGAGCAUUGAAUUCAAGCUUCAAAUGCGAAGUUCCAACAAAGUUAACGCCAACAGUAAUUUGGUUGAACUUAAGAUUGACAUCAGUGCAAUAGCUCAUGUACAGAUCAGAGGAGUCUCUCACCCUCCACAAAUUGUGUUGCCAAUUCAUAACUGGAAACCAAAAGAUGAACCUACCAAAGAAGAUGAAAUUGGACCUUUAGUGGAACAUAUAUAUGAGUUGUACAACAUUGGACCAAGUGCCAUCAAUGAUACAGUCCUGUACGUGGAAUGGCCAGUUUUGAGCAAAACAGAAUUUCUUCUUUACAUCCUUCACAUUCAGACACACGGACCUCUGAAAUGUCAAACAAGUUCUGCAAUUAACAGUUUGGAAAUAAAGUUUACCGUCCCAGAAGACACUCCAGAGCUUGCUGCUUUUUUACGCAAUUCCUCCGUCUCUCACUCUGUUGGACGGAGGGAAGCCAAAUUGGUGGAGUAUCAAAAAAACUCUGCAAAAAUUCUGAAUUGCACAAAUGUGGAAUGUUUAAUGAUCACCUGUUCAGUGGGGCUCUUGGAAAAAGGGAAAAGUGCUGCAUUGAAAAUCCGAUCUCGUUUAUGGGCUUCAACAUUUCUACAGAGGAAAAAUUACCGCUAUGCUCUUUCCAUCAGUGUGUCAUUUGAAGUGAAGAAGAUGCCAUACAAAGUUCAGCCAGCAAAACUUCCUGAAGGAAGCAUAGCUAUAAAAACAUCUGUUAUUUGGGCUACUCCAAACAUUUCCUUUAUAAUCCCUUUGUGGGUUAUAAUAUUGGCCAUACUUCUUGGACUACUGGUUCUGGCUAUGUUGACCUUAGCUUUGUGGAAGUGUGGGUUUUUUGAUAGAGCCAGGCCACCUAGAGAUGACAUGGCCGAAAAAGUGCAUCUAACAAGUGACAAGACUACUGAUACCUAGAAAAUGUGUCCCCAUAUCAAGGGUUUGUGUUCAUAUUACCAGGAACCUUAAUUUGGAUCAAGAAUGCUAAAUAGCUGUAAUUGGACCUAUGCAACAUUCUACAUAUUCAGAACAUAGAAGACAGAAAAUACUACUAUCUCUGCCUCAGAACAGAUGAGCAAUCUUCCAUCCAAAAACAGCUAAUGAAAAAGAAUUGUUUCAGCUUUUCAAAACUGAUUCUUAGUGAAAUUACUGGAUAUAUCAAAAGCAGUCAUAAAUCCAAUGGAGCAGAGAUGGAAAGCCAACAACACUUAAAUGGAUGAAAGAUGAACAAGACACAGUGUUCAACUCUACUGUAUAUUGGUAAAAUCUUGAGGCAUCUCCCUAAGAAUAGAAACUUUUAUAAACACUGGCUCAGGGAGGCAAGCAAUAUUAUGGAUAGUAUUAAAGUACCUCCAAAAAGUAAAACUAGUCUUUCAAAAUACUUCUUUUGUAUUUAUCUAUAUUUUGUAAACUGGGCAUCCUACAAAAAUAGGGUCUAAAAUAUUUUAUUUUCACUAUUUCACCUGUAAAUAGAGUGAACAUAUUCUUUGCAUUCCAUAUACUAAUUAUAAAUGUUUGGAAAGAAGCAAAGUUUUACAUUCCUUGGUAGGAGUAAAUGUAUUAUAAAAAUUUAUAAAAUUUCAGAGCUUGAAAAUGAGCCUCAAUACAAAAGCAUAAAAUAGAAAUUUCCAUUUAUUUAAUAACUCUACAUCAUGAACAAAACAGAUUAAAAUUGUUUGCAAUAUCAUAAUAGUAAGGAAAACUAUGGUAUUCUAGGAAAAAAACAGAAACCAAAAAGAAGUGUUGAAUCUAUAUAGAUUAUUGUACUGUAUUCUAGUAAUAUAAUCCAGUUCUUUCCAACAGGGGGCCCAGGUCAAAGAUUAUGAAGGCAAGCCAAGAGGAAAACUAAUCGGUAAAUUUGAUUUGAUAGAAAGACUCCAUGUAAACCAAAUCAGAUCAAUAAAUAAAAAUAAUUCCUCAACCCUUCCCAAGAAAAGUUCUGUGGUUCACAAAUUAUGCAGUUAAUAUUUGCUUUGAAUGGAUGGAUUAUUCUAAAGAAAUAAAUAUUUGGAGAUGUACAUUUAAAUAAAUCAUUCCUAAACUCACUAAGAGACAUCUGGCUAGCAGAUUAAAUUUUGAAAGGACCUUCAUCAAUUUUGUUCAGAAACUUUUUGAAACAACCAAUGUGUUUCUCUGUUUUUGCUCCUGUGAUUCCCCAUAGGUGCAGGUUAUUUAGAAUUGUAUAUCUUCCAACAGGAAUGUUUUUCUGCUCUCUAACAAUGAUGGUUCAGUGACAUUAAUUCUGAUGCAUAUAAGAAUGACUCCAGCAACUCUUAGAAGCCUGGCGGAUCUCUCCCAUGGAGUAGGAGAUUCCCAUGGAGUGGGAGAUUAGCAAGCAGAUUUGUUAAUAUUCUUACUUGUUUUUUAUAGAUUGUAUUUUUUUAUUGGGCCAAGUCCAAAAUGAUUUCCAGUCUGUAGAUUAUGUAAUGAUAGGACUGAAGUAUUUUCCUUUGAAAAAAAUCAAAAUACAUUUGUGUUUUUGGAAUAUUUGCAGCUAUAGUUUUUGACAAAAUAAUGUAUUUCUGCGUACAGUGAAAAAUUCUGCACUAAGUCUUACCGAAGGGUUUAUAUUUUCAGCAUCUCAUUAUCUUCUCUUGGAUUGGUUUAUGGAUGCUGUGUCUAACAUCAGAUUUCCUAGUUUCAAUUGCUCCAAUAAUCCUACUGUUUGUUCUACAAAAACUAAAAAUUGUUAUGUACUUUCUGUUGUCAUGAAGGUAGACCCAGAGAAAAACCCUAUCCCUUUCUGCUGCUAGAAUCCUUUGAACAUUUUGUAUAUUUUUCUGCAAUCAAGAAAUGAGUUAGAUGCAAUGUAUCUGCCAAUCCAAAGAAGCUUCUGAAAAAUAUCAGUUUCUAGAAGUUAACUAAGUAGCUGAACAAGUUGCCCUUGUUUUAUUCUGAGACUUUUUUUUAUUAAACUCAUAGAGUUUAGCCCACAAUCUUCUGAUUCCUGGUGGUCCAAGUAUUAUCAAGUCUGACCUUGUUUGACUUUUCCAGAUCAGCCGAGGUUAACUAGGUGUUAUUACCGAUUUUUCUAAAUUUCCUAUCCAUUGGCUAGGCUGCUAUUAUUUUAGAGAAACAGAGGCUUUGCAGGACUCAAAGAACCUCUGCAGAGGAGUAUUUAAACAAGCUGUUUAAAAUAAAUAGGGGAAGCCUGUAAUCACUCAACUAAGGACAGGCAACCUCUGGCCCUUGGUCUAAUUUCAUCUGGCCUUUGAUCUAAUUUCAAAAGGCCUCUGCAAAUGAUGAGCUCAAAGUUCUGUUAAGAAUAAACUGUUCUCUGAUAUUAUGUUGACUGGCAAGGAAAAGUAAAUGUCAGAGAGAAUGAGAGAAUGAAGGAGGUAUUAGAAAGGAGAAAAUGAUAGUCCAUUCACUUUUAUUCUAAUUUCACUGCCUUUCUCCAGAUGCAUUAUACUAGCAUUGUUCCCUAUUACAACACACACACAAAAUAAUUUUGCAUCUAAAGAGGUUAUAUUAUUCCCUCUAGUUUUUGUCUUAGCCUAAAAUCGCUACUUGAUCAUAAUUAAACUUAUUGUGAUUUUCAUUUUCAUAAAUAGUCAAGAAUGAAGUACUAUUGAGUUGUUUCCUCUGUAUUUAUAUACCAUGUAAAAGAUGACUGCUCUACCUGUAAAAGCAGUUUCACAUCAACUGAUUAAUAUCCAUCUAUGUAAGCAAAGCAGUUAGUAUUGCUUUUGGCAAGAAUAGUAAAUAUUGAUUUAUAAUCCAGAACUGGCUACACUCAUGUA